AACCGUACAAAAUGUCUUGUUCGAUUUUCAUUCUCUUCGCGGCCCUGGCACUGCUUCAGGCCGCUUCUGCCAUCGACGUUUCCAAGUACAAGAACGUACGCCUGGAUUUUGGCGACAAUGACAUUGUGCCGAAAACAAAACUGCUUGGCGCUGGAGAAGAACGCGUGCCGGCAUUCAUUGGAGAUUUAACGCUUGGCCAACGGUAUGCAGACGAAACUGUUUUCCAACGAAUUGUUGAAUUCGAGAAUCCCACGAACACGGUUCAGUCUACCACGUUCAACCUCUCCGUUUCCAGUGGUGUGAUACACUACGUCAGCGCGAAGAAUUCCCAAGGUAGUUACAGCGUAAUUUGUGGCCCAUCCAACCUGGGGACGCCCCAGACGAGCAUCAACGUGCGAGUACCACCUACUUCGACAACUGUGAUAAGAAUGACCAUUGCGGCGCACAGUCAAUUUUUACGUUCUAAGUAAAUUCCUCACUACACGAACUUAAUUAAACUGACUUAGAUGGCGUUGUUGAUUAGGAUUAUACGAAAAGAAAUGAUCAAUUUAGAAUGUACUUUUAAUGUAAAAUAUAUAUUGAAAUCUUUAAACGGUUGAAAAAUAUUCUGUAAGCGCAAUAUAAAAUGCAAUAAACGAAAUACUU